GAGCGCGCGCGUUUUCCUCUCCUCUCUCUCGCUCUCUACGGCGGCCGGCGCGGCCACUCCGCUCCUCUCCGCUCCCUCGGCGCCUGGAGCCAUGCUGACCUCGCGCACCUUCCUGAAGCGGACGCGGGCCGGCGCGGUGCGGAAGAUCGUGCGCGAGCACUACCUGCGCGACGACAUCGGCUGCGGCCUGGGCGGCUGCGCGCUCUGCGGCGGGGAGAGCCGGCCCGCCCUGGAAGCCCGGCCCGGCGGCGCCGCCAGCAGCCUCUGCCCCGGCCCGCACUUCCUGCUGCCGGACACCAACCUCCUGCUGCACCAGAUUGAUAUACUUGAGGAUCCAGUUAUUACAAACGUGAUUAUUCUUCAGACAGUUUUGCAGGAAGUAAGGAAUCGGAGCGCGCCAGUAUACAAACGAAUAAAAGAUGUGAUUAAUAAGCAGGAAAAACAUUUCUAUUCUUUCACUAAUGAGCAUCAUAAAGACACAUACAUAGAACAAGAAAAAGGUGAAAAUUCCAAUGAUCGCAAUGACCGAGCCAUCAGAGUAGCAGUAAAAUGGUACAGCGAACACCUGCAGAAAUUGCAAAUGGAAGAGAAAGUACAAAUCAUCUUGCUCACAAAUGAUAGAAAGAAUAAAGAGAAAGCGGUGGAAGAAGGAAUAACUGCCUAUACAUGUGAAGAGUAUAUAAAGAGCUUGAUAGCCAAUCCUGAGCUUGUGGAUCGACUUGCUUCCUUAAAUGAUGAAGGGAAUGAAAUAGAAACAGGAAGGAUCAUUUUCGCAGAGCAUCUUCCCCUCAGCAAACUGCAGCAAGGUAUAAAGUCCAACCUUUACCUCCAGGGAACCUUCAGAGCCAACAGGGAAAAUUACCUGGAAGCUACAGUUUGGAUUCAUGGAGACGGAGAAGAGAAAGAGAUAAUAAUCCAAGGGCUUAGAAACUUAAACCGAGCGGUACACGAAGACAUCGUAGCAGUGGAACUCUUACCAAAAGCUGCCUGGGCUGCGCCGUCCUCUGUGGUGUUGCACGAUGAUGAGAAUCAGAAUGAAGAUGAUGUGGAGCAAGAGGAAGAGAAAGAAAAAAGUUUGAGAACUUCUUCGAGCAACAGUAUGCUGCGACCAACAGGCAGAGUUGUAGGCAUUAUAAAAAGAAACUGGAGGCCCUUCUGUGGCAUGCUUUCUAAAUCGCAGAUAAAAGAGGCAAGACGGCAUUUAUUUACCCCUGCUGAUCGCAGGAUCCCUCGAAUUCGAAUAGAAACAAGGCAGGCUUCAACUCUUGAAGGACAACGAAUUAUUGUUGCUAUUGAUGGCUGGCCUAGGAAUUCAAGGUACCCUAAUGGUCACUUCGUAAAGAAUUUAGGAGCUGCUGGCGAUAAGGAAACGGAGACUGAAGUCCUGCUUUUGGAGCAUGAUGUGCCUCACCAGCCCUUCUCCCAAUCUGUACUUAGCUUCCUCCCCAAAAUGCCAUGGAGCAUCACUGACCAGGAUAUGAAAUGUAGAGAGGACUUGAGGCAUCUGUGUGUGUGCAGCGUGGAUCCUCCUGGCUGUACCGACAUUGACGAUGCGUUGCACUGCAGAGUCCUGGAAAACGGCAAUCUGGAGGUUGGUGUACACAUUGCUGAUGUCAGCCAUUUCAUUCGACCAGGAAAUGCUUUGGACCAAGAAUCUGCAAAAAGGGGUACAACUGUAUAUCUGUGUGAAAAAAGGAUUGAUAUGGUUCCAGAGUUGCUGAGUUCCAACUUGUGUUCUCUGAGAUCCAAUGUUGACAGACUUGCAUUUUCAUGUAUCUGGGAAAUGAAUCACAGUGCUGAAAUCUUGAAAACCAGAUUUACAAAAAGUGUAAUUAAUUCCAAGGCUUCUCUUACAUACGCGGAGGCCCAGAUGAAGAUAGACUCCCCCAGCAUGAAUGAUGACAUCACGACUAGCUUACGUGGACUCAAUAAACUAGCUAGAAUUCUUAAGAAGUGCCGGAUAGAUAACGGGGCUUUAACUCUUUCUUCACCUGAAGUUCGCUUCCACAUGGAUAGUGAAACCCACGACCCAAUCGAUUUACAGACAAAGGAGCUCAAAGAAACCAACUCUAUGGUUGAGGAGUUCAUGUUGCUCGCCAACAUCUCGGUGGCACAAAAGAUCUACGAUGAGUUCUCAGAGCACGCCUUGCUGAGGAAGCAUCCUGCUCCUCCUCCAUCCAAUUAUGACAUCCUUGUGAAGGCAGCAAAGUCCAAGGGCUUGGAAAUCAAAACCGAUUCAGCAAAAGCUCUGGCUGAUUCGCUGGACAGCGCAGAAUUUCCUUCUUUCCCAUACCUGAACACGUUGUUACGUAUCCUGGCUACUCGCUGCAUGAUGCAAGCCGUUUACUUUUGCUCUGGGAUGGAUAAUGAUUUUCACCACUAUGGUUUGGCAUCGCCGAUUUAUACUCAUUUUACUUCGCCAAUCAGAAGAUACGCUGAUAUCAUAGUGCAUCGACUGUUGGCUGUGGCUAUAGGGGCCGACUGUACAUACCCUGACCUCACAGACAAGCACAAACUGGCAGAUUUGUGCAGGAAUCUCAACUACAGGCAUAAAAUGGCUCAGUAUGCGCAAAGGGCAUCAGUGGCUUUUCACACUCAGUUGUUUUUCAAGAGCAAAGGCGUUGUGAAUGAAGAGGCUUACAUUCUGUUUGUACGAAAGAACGCAAUUGUGGUUCUGAUCCCCAAAUACGGCUUAGAAGGCACAGUCUUCUUCGAAGAAAAAGAUAAGCCCAAACCGACGCUUCUGUACAACGAUGAGGUUCCCUCUCUUACCGUGGAAAGCACAACUUUCUAUACCUUUGACAGGGUUACGGUGAACAUCAUGUUAGAUGCUUCCAACGUUCAACACCAGAAAAUUCGCAUGGCUCUAGUGGAACCAAAGCUUGUAGGCACGAGUGUCCCCAGCCAAGCCACGCAACUCAACAGUAAUAAUGAGCCUAAGAAGAAGAAACUGAAAGAAUAGCUUCAUUUCAAUUGACUAAGAUGCUCAACUGUGAAAUAAACGAUGUACACGACAAAUUGUAUAUGAAAUUGUAUACAGUUUUAGAGAUCCUUUUUAAAGACGUUUGUUACACGUAAUUUGUAGCUGUAUUUAAACUUUUAUAUAUUCAUCUCUGGUAAAAUUUAAUUUUUAAGUUGUAUGUAAUAUAUUUGCAAAAUGCAGAUAAACUAGAAAUGUCUGGAGGUGCUUACAGAAUAUGUUGAGUUUAUAAGAGAUUCCUGAUAAAGAAUUGUCUGU